AGUGACUAGUGAAAAACCACAAAUCAAGUGUUGUUAUUGUUGCUUAAAUAAAUUAAAAGUGUUGCAAAAUUGGUAUUUUCGAGGAAAUAGAAAUGUCCAAAGCUAAAAUAAUUGAACUGGACGAGACAAACACAUGCGAAUUUUGUUCCAAUGCUUUGGCCAAGUAUACGUGUCCCAAAUGCAAGUCAAAAUACUGUACAUUGGUGUGUUAUCAAUCGGAGAAGCAUUUACAAUGUUCGGAGGAGUUCUACAAGGAUUGUAUAGUCGAGGAAUUGGCUCAGGAGGACAAUGAAGAAGGCAAGAAAAAAAUGUUGGAGAUUUUGAAACGGAGUCAUUUGGAAGAAGAUGAUUUGGAUUCCGACGAUGAUGAGUUUGCUGAUAUUGCCGUGAGACUAGCUGGGGUUGAUUUGGACGACGCCGACCAAGUCUGGGAGAAAUUGACCAAAGAUGAAAAACAGGAGUUUGUCGCGUUUUUAAAAUCCGAAGACGUGACGAAAUUAAUCCCAUCGUGGGAGCCUUGGUGGUCCCACAAAUCCCCAAAUGUGGAAGAAGUCGAGUCAUGCCAACAGUACAAAUCUAAAUGUCCCCAACUAAUCAAAAUUCGUAAUUUUCGGGAAAUUUCGAAAAAAGACCCAGCCGAUUGUGUCAAAUACAACUUAAUCAACAUUCUCGCUGCUUACGCUUUUGCCACUCGUUACUUCAACGGCGAAUAUCACGAUUUCGCCAAAGAAGUGAUCAGUUGUAUUGUUACAAUUUCUCUAAGUUUGAAAACCAAUCAGAAUUUCGACGACUUUGAAAGUGCCGUGAAAUCAGUUGAAUUUGAGUGUAUUAAUAGUGAUUGGAUUGUGGCCGAUGGUGAAAACUUUAAAUUAUUACGAGACGAUUUGAGUAAAAUCCUCGAAGGUCCGAAUGAAACUGAGCGAAAUUUUUACGUCCUGUGUGCCCUUUCGGACUUACAUCAAUUACUCAACUCGGCUGGUGUGAAAAAAACGGAAAAGAAAUCGUCGUUUAGUAAGAGUUUUCCCAAUGAUUGCUUCCCAGAGGUAAAGUUAGAGUCGAAAAAUAAAAUCAAGACUUGUCUCCGAAAAAUCGAUUAUUUAUUGUCAUUCGCUAAAGAUUUAUUGUGAGUUAUUUUUUAACAAUUUGCGGUUUAAAAUCACUCUGGACGGCUUUUGCCAAGAGUUCGGCGUACAUAUCCAGUCUUUGGGUCAUCUGUAAUAUUUUUGUUAAAAAAAAAUUGGAAACCAACA